UACAUAAACAUUGUCCUUGGGUUGCGGCUGUCUGGGUUUAGUGCGAGUGAGCGUCGUUUUAUAACAGGACAUUUUACAGCUCGGUAAACAAUGUCAGUUAAGCAUGCUCUCAGCCGGGGUCUGGAGUUGGGUAGGUCUCUUUUUAAGCUGGGUGUCCUAAAACCGGCCAGCCGAGUAGCAGCGAAGUUCCGAGGCGAGCGACUAUGGGUCGGCCAACCGAGCCGCGGCGUUUGGCCUCAGACCUUCCUGCCUGCUCGGUACCGAUAUUAUCGGACGUCUGUCCGCGAUCUCGCUGCCCAGCUUCAGUCAGGUAGUUUCAGGAGAAUUCUCGGAGGUGCUUCGCCGAGAAACAGGGCCUUUUUUUUGGCCUUCGGUGUUGGUUUAGGUUUGAUCGAACAACAGCUAGACGACGAUCGAAGGAAUGCAGCAACGUGCCAGGAAAUUCAGGCGCUGUUCAGGAAGAAGACGUUUCAGAGCCCUUUAAAACAAUUCGCCUCAGGUUAUAAACUGGAGGACUAUGUGAUUGGGGCCAUGCUGGGAAAAGGCUGCAAUGCUGCGGUGUAUGAGGCUGCAGUCCGUUUCACACCUCUCAGGGAGAGCAGCCGAUGUUCGCUGGUGGAUCUGAAACAAAACGGAGAAGAGAAGAAUGUCUCAGCACUGCGAAGCCUCUCCAGCACAGCUUGCUACCCGCUGGCGUUGAAAAUGAUGUGGAAUAUCGGGGCAGGUUCGUCUAGUGAGGCCAUCCUUAAAGCCAUGUGCCAUGAGCUGGUGCCUGCAGACCCUCGGGCCUUGCAGAAGGAAAAGGGAGAGGUUGUCCUGAGCGGUUGUUUUGGGCGCGUGACCAAGCGAGUGACGGCUCACCCCAACGUGAUCCGAGUAUACCGGGCUUUUACGGCCAACGUGCCUCUGCUCCCCGGCGCCGAGGAGGACUACCCGGCUGUCCUGCCGCCUAGGCACAGCCCCGCCGGCAUGGGCAACAACCGCACCCUCUUCCUGGUUAUGAAGAAAUACCCAUGCACCCUACGCCAGUACCUGGGAAUGUGUGCUCCGGACCACAGGCAGGCUUCCAUGAUGCUCCUACAGCUGCUGGAGGCUGUGGACCACCUGUGCAGACAGGGCGUCGCACACAGAGACCUCAAAUCAGACAACGUCCUCCUGGAGUUCGAAUCAGCCGGGUGCCCCAGGCUUGUCCUCACAGACUUUGGCUGCUGCCUGGCUGAGGAGAACUUAGGCCUGACACUGCCCUUCACCAACGAAUAUGUGAACAAGGGGGGAAACACCUGCCUUAUGGCACCAGAGGUAGCCACAGCCACGUCGGGCCCCGGUGUGGAGAUUGACUACAGCAGGGCCGACGCGUGGGCCGUUGGGGCUGUGGCCUACGAGAUCUUCGGCCAGACCAACCCCUUCUAUGGCCCUGCCAGGCUGGAGAGCUGUAGCUACCAGGAGUGGCAGCUCCCCAGGCUUCCUGCCAGCAUCCCCGACCACACACGGCUCGUGGUGAGGCUGCUCCUACGCAGGAACCCCGAGAAGAGGCCCAGUGCCCGUGUGACUGCCAACAUCCUGCAUCUCGGCUUGUGGGGUGGAAAGGCCCUGGCUGACCUCGACCCCUUCAACACGGGCAGGAUGGCUGACUGGCUGCUGUGCCAGUCUGCCGUGGCGUUGCUGAAGGGCUGUGGGCCCACAGGCAGCUUCAUGGAGGCUGAACUCCAGAGAGGGUUCCUCGCCAACCUGGACCUGGAGGAGCUCCGUGUGGCUGUGAACUACCUAAUAUAUGGGCGAGAGCUAUUGCAGAGCACUAUUGUGUAAGAGCGCACUUUCCUGUGAGAAUCCUCAGGCUGUUUUAUCUGUUCUUCAUACCUACAAGAGAUAUAUUUUUUAGAAAUAAGAUAUAAGUAGUAUAGAAACUAGUUUUUCUAGCAUGCACUGCAGAAGCAGUAGAGCUGGUGUUUGUUUUUCUUGACUGUAUUGAAGUAAAAGCACUUUAUCCUUUUUCCCUUCUCCUCUUUAAAAUAAAGCUGUAUCUAAUUAAUUGUAAAGAUACACCUAAAUAUAUACUAACAGUGUUAAAACUGUGUUCUUGCUCUUUAUAUGGUGUAGGCAAUAAAUGCUUCCCUUUUGAAGUUG